AUGGCAGACGGCUACGGCUCUAUCUCCGGUCCUUGGUGCUGGUACGAGCGACUUCCUACAGAGGUCCGCGCUUUGGUGGAUGUUGCCGGCUUCGGCCCCUUUUGUUCCGGACUCAUAGAGAUGAGGGCUGAGUCUUUACUUUACGGGGCCCUGGUAGAGAGAUGGUGGGACACCACCAGCUCAUUUCACUUCUCUUCUACCAGGGAGAUGACACUAACCCCGUAUGAUUUCUCGAUGCUGACCGGUCUGCGGGUUGGGGUCGGCGGCCCCAUCCCUUUUGAUCCAGAUAUGACUGAGUGGAGAGAUGCACAGCUCCAGCUGCUCGGAGCGAUUCCAGACACCACUAGCCAUGGAAUGGUGCGCUACAGCUGGUUUUAUGACCAUUUCUCUAGUACACAGCUGGCUACUGCAGAUGAGGUUGCUCAGUACACUCGUGGCUUUCUGACAUAUCUCCUCGGUACUACCUUCUUCGCAAACAAAGAGAAUACCAUAGGAUUGUACAUCCUCGGGGCGCUGGUACAUCUUCCACAGAUAUUGGAUUAUGAUUGGGGCGGCGUAGGUUUAGCCACCUUGUACUGUUAUAUGAGCUCCGUUUCCCGCUGUAAGGCGGAUUCAUUUGGCGGCUACUGGAGGGUUUGGGAGCUUUGGGUCUACACCUACUUUACUUCAUUAGCUCCAGUUCCAGUGAGGCCAAUCGAGUUAUCCGUACCACGCUCUCGGUACUACAACUCACGAUUCGAGCGCCGCCUCCUUGUGGAUUGCAAUUUUCCAUAUUUUCGCUGUUUCUUCGACACUAUCACAGCGGAUCAGGGAUAG